CCAUCCAUCCAUCCAUCCAUCCAUCCAUCCAUCCAUCUAUCCAUCCAUCCAUAGAGAGCGACUCCUCUCCUACAGAGAGAGAGAGAGAGAGAGCGAGAGAGAGAGAGAGAGUGUAUCCUCGACGAAGGUGGAGGCGAAGUGUAGAGUGGUACAUUUACCAUCGUCUCUCUAUCGGCGGAAUCCAAGGACUCAAAGACCCCCGAGUGAUUUCAGUCGGCCGCCGGCCGGCUGUGGCCGGCCACUAUCCUCGACCACGUGUGUAAGGUUACCGCCGUGGGUGCCGCGCGGCAUCCCCUACGACCUUGUUCCCUUCGCGCUUCGUUGUGCGUGCGUGUGAAUUCAGGUGUGAAUACAUGGUGUGAAACGCGACUACAAGAAGCGAGACACACCGACUGUUCUCUUCUCGCCAACAGUGUCGACGGAUAAGUCAAGAGCCGACAGUUGAGCCGAGUGGAGUCGAGUCGUCCGCCGGCCGAUUCCCCGCUGUGAUUCUUCCGCUCGGUGCGUGCCGAAUUCUUCGUCUUUGCCAGACCGUCGUUGGAAGACCACGGAAAAGAGAUAGCGAGAAACAAGCGCGUGAAGAUGGAUUUAAGAAAUCGCACCGUCGACGGUGCCGGCGGUUCGCCGCGGCUGUGAAACGAGCGUGUGGUAACAGAUAAAGCGACCUCGAGGUCGACGAGUACGACGAACGUUCAUGUCCGCCGUUUCACUCGCUUGCUGUCAGUGAGAUUCUCGUGCUAGUGCGUCGGAGGAACUUGCGGAUUACUCGCGAACUAUGCGCGCGUCAGAGCGUCAUCGAGAUGAUCGCCGCGGAAUGAGAGCAGGGGACGAUCACUGGCCCGAGGCGGAUGAGCUUCGCGUCGACUGCGCGGCCGAGCAGCUUCGGUGCUCGUGAAAGAAACGGAGAAUCCUCUACCGAGGCGGGAUUUUGAGACGCGCUCGUCGGUCGCGGGUCGACGGGCGAAUCAAGUGACACUGCGUGUGCACGACAGUCGUGUGCGGUGAGAGAGUACCUACCGGGACCUUCCGCUAGCAAACGGACCUGUGAGACUCCGACGUUGAAGCGACGAUUGAAUCCGGUGUGUUCGACAGUUGUGACCGAUCGUACCCCCGUAGGCGAGAACGUAGUGAACCGAAGAAGAAUCGGCGACGUGUGAACGACGCGAUUUCUCGGCGACCGCGGUAAAUACCGCGGUGAGUGUACGCGGUCGUCGCACGGGAGAGGAGAGCACUAGCGUCGGAAUGUUGUCGCGCCGUUGCUACGGCUAGCGCCGGCCUCAUCAUUCCGCGAAGCGCGAGCUUCAAGUACUUCGACGGCGUCGGGCUCGCCGAAAUGAGCGGUGGCAGCGGCGGCGGCGGCGGUGGCGGAAACGGCGGCGGCAACCAGGGCAACGGCGGCAAUGCUACCAGCUACCACCAGCACCAGCAGCAACAGCAGCAGCAGCAACAACAACAGCAGCAGCAGCAGCAGUCGCAGCUGGAACAGGCCGGCCUUCUGUCGGACCUCAAUGGCAUCGACCUGGCGAUGAGCCUGUCGCCGAAGCAGCACUCGUCUCACGUCCAAGCCGCCGGCGCUCACACGACCCCCUUCAGCGUCACCGACAUCCUGUCGCCGAUUGAGGAGUCCUACAGGAAGCUCGAGCUCGCCGCCGCAGCCGCCGCCGUCGGUGUCGGGGUCGUCACGCAUCCCCAGGGCUCGCCUUACGGGAACGCUUGCGGCGCUCGGGUAGGUGGUAACACCGGUAGCUCGAGCGCGAGCAGCGGCAGCCCGCCGCUACACGGCGGCUCGACGCCCGGCGGCAGCACCCCCGGACCGGUUUCCGUAGCCAACGGGGCCGCCCCCGGUGGCGGCGGCGGCGGUGGCGGCAGUGCCGGCGGUACCAGCGGCGGCAUGAGCGCCAUGGGCAAUCCUUACGCGAUGCAGCUCACGUCGCAGUACCAAUACUGCGCCGCGGAACUCUCGCCGUACCAUCACGCCGGGCCCGGCGUCGGCGCCGCGACCACCGCCACGGACCCGAUGCGGUCCCACGCGGUAUCGUCGCACCAUCAUCCCUGGUACGCACCGGCGCCACCGGCCACCAACGACCCGCGCUUCGCCAUCUCGCGGCUGAUGGGUGCCGCGGCGGCGGGCGCCGGGACCAACAUGGCCGGCUGUUCGGUGGGCCAGUCGAUGGGCGACGUGACCAAGUCGUCGGGAAUGGGGGUCGGCGUCGGCGUCGGGGUCGGGGUCGGCAUGGGCGUCGGUGCGAUGCAGUUCCCCCUCGCCCAGAGACGGAAGAGACGCGUGCUGUUCACCCAGGCCCAGGUGUACGAGCUCGAAAGGCGAUUCAAGCAACAGAAGUACCUCAGCGCGCCCGAACGAGAGCACCUAGCGUCCCUAAUUCACUUAACGCCUACUCAGGUGAAGAUAUGGUUCCAGAAUCACCGGUACAAGUGCAAGAGGCAAGCGAAGGAGAAAGCGAUGGCCGAGCAAAACGCCCAAAAUCAGAGCGCGAGUUCGCCGCGGCGGGUGGCGGUGCCGGUGCUGGUGAAGGACGGGAAGCCGUGCGGCAGCGGCGGCGGCGGCGGAAACGAGGGUAGCCGCGGCGGGCCCAGCGCAGCCUUGGCGAGCCCGGCGCCGCACAUGACGGCGGCCUCAAGUCCCCACGGCAGCCAUCACGCGGCCACCUCGUCGGUCGUGUCCCAUCACUCGGUCGUGGGCGUCAGUCAUGUGAUGAGCUCGAGCCAGAGCCUGCAGCACUGCUCGUACACGCGGGCUGGCGCGCAGCAGGGCAUGCAGCAGCAGCAGCAGCCGCAGUGCAGCGCGUACCUGCCGUUGCAGGGUCGAGCUUGGUAGUGCGCGCCAUCCGCGGCGGGGGCCGCGGCCUACGCCAAUCCCUCCGUCGCAGGCCCAUGGGCCCUCGCCGCGGAUCCAGCUGCCUGGUACGCCAUACCCGAUGAUAGUCCUUAGGAGGGACCAUGGUGAGAAAGAGAGAAAGAAAGAAAGAAAGAGGGAGAGAGAGAGAGAGAGAGAGAAAAUACAGUUGACUGGUCGUGGAGUCCACGGCGACCGGUCGUUGACGGACUGGACGUAGCUGCUUCGUGGCGGCAAACGCAGGAUGAACCUGACGCUUCCUCCGUCUUCUUCGCCGAGGGCAUUUCAUGGGGCAGAGGUAGAGAAGGAGGUAGAGGAAAGAGAGGAAGAGACAACGCGUGGAUAAAAGACCUGUGAAUUCAUGGACCUCUUCUCUAUCCGUCGUUGAACGUUCGGAUGUCCCACGUGAUAUUGAUUAACCGGUUGUUAUAUUGCACGAGCGAGGUUUUUCCUUUCUCUCUUUCUCCCUUUCUUUCUCUUUCUACCCGUUUCUCUUUCCAUAACGAAGAGACCAGCCCAUGAGCGCACCGGUUAUUAUGCCGUGCCGGGCGCACGGUAACCAGGUUGGCGUCGGGCGUAUUCAUACGAUACCCGCGUGUCGUCGGUGGCACGCUAAUGACAACUGAGGACGUGAUGUUGCGACAAUCGACGAUCGAUGAGUAUGUAUGCUCGAUGAUUGUAGGGGGGAGGGGGCCGUCUCAGCGUGAUCGUCCGCGUCUCUAUGAAUCAGUGAUCUCGAUAAGGAGCCGGUCGUGGGUGACAUUAAGACGAGGACGCUUGAGUCCGUAGUCGUAGUCGCCACAUCAGGGUAACCGUUAAUUUGUAACAUAGCCGUCGCCGCACAGAUCGAUCCGCGAGUGAUUCGUCGGGCGGGCAAGCGGGCAGGACCGAAGCCUUCGAUGACUCCCGCAAGGUGCGCUUCGACGCGCACACAGGAGAUUGAUUCGCUCUUGCUCGGACGUGUGAGUCGUCCCCAGGAAAGAUAGACACGUCGGCAUAUCUUUCUGGGUCAACGUGAGGUGCGUUUUCGCACGCACGAAGCUCGACGAUGACGUUUGCGGCUUGUUUGCGGAUUCUCACGUCAAGUUAGCCGACGUGAAUCGAUCGCGAAUCGCUAGCUUCUCUCGCCGAAGAGACCAACCGCUCAGCCGAGAACACUUCGCGUCGACACACUCGAAUCGAUUUUCCGGCGUUACCGUCGGGAGUCCGACAUACUGCGGAUGCGGCGAGCGCAGCCGUGAUAAAUGCGAAACGUUUCCGAACGGUAACACCACAGUAAGCACCGGUCGCUUCAGACAACGCUGUUUUCCCUUCUCCCCACGGAAAUCAUGACUUCCCGUUUAAAGUAGCAAAUAUCCGAAAUGGUUGAACGACUUCCUAUCUGUUUCCUCUCUUUCUCUUUCUCUCCCCUUCUUGCUCUCUGUCACCCCUUCUCCUUUUCUUUCUCUCUCAUCGAGUGAGCGGAAUAAUUGCGAGUCAUUGUGUGUGCGCGUGUGAAGGCGUCACGUCGCGAAAAAAUGUUUCACUCGGGACAAAAAGGGGGAGAGGAAAGUAAAAUGGAAUUUUUUCGGCGGAAUCGAUAUGGCGCGUUCGAAUUCGAAUGGCGAUUUUCCGAGGAGUGCGUCUCGUCGGGCGAAAUAAACGACGACAUUGUAGAGCGCCGCUGCAGUCAUCGAAAACAAAACACGCGUGGCUACAAUGGAACGGCGAAACGGAUUGUUCGCUCGCGAAUUAUCGGUCCCCGCGCCCACUCGAUGGGUUGAAACCCGUCGAUUUGAAUUACGAAAUAGUACACCGCAUCGCGCGCGUGAUUGUGACUCGAUUUCACCGAACGCGAUAUUCGAGACACGCUCGCUCGCGAGAGCGACAUUGUCGCGCGGAAAGUCGCUCCCAGACAAUGCAUCCGCUUUCUCUCUCUCUCUCUUUUCCUCUCUCUCUCUCUCUCUUCUCUCUCUCUCUCUCUCUCUCUCUCUCUCUCUCUCUCUUUCAUCGAGCAUCCGAUGGACAAAUCCCGACGCGUUCCGCAUUUACGCGCGGAAUUUUGCAGCAUUGUCAUACACAAAUGCGAUAUAUUGUCAUGUCAACGCGCAUUAUUUCAUCCGCUCGCGCGCGACACACGACACUUUCAUCGCUUCGGUAGGAAAUCUCGCCGACGACGCGACAAUUUUUCACUUCAACGAGAAUACGCGCGAGUACGACGGGAAUCACACGACAUUUCACAUUGUCCGCCUUAUACGAUUUCACGUAACGUAUCGAGACAAGACGACAACGUCUCUCUUUCUCUCUUGCGUCUUUUGUUCGAGCGGUGCGUCACGCAACUUCGGACAUCGAAUCUCGUAGGCAGCUGAAAUUUUCGUCGUUUUAUCUCGAGAAAAUUCUAGUCCUGUACUGAGACGAAACGUUGUUUCAAGCGGUGUAUCCUAUCGCGCGAGUGUGUAAAAAUAUUCCGUUUCGUUAAGAAGAGAAGUAACUUGGCGCGUUGAAGUCCGAAAAUGUCGCGCGACUUACCGAAACGAUGACACAUUUCGCCUGUACAGUAUCGUGACACGAUUUCAUUCGCGAGCUACGACGUUCGCAAGGAACAGCUCAACGGUCUCCUUUCUCGUUGGAAAGGAACGAAGCGUAUAGGACAAUGGAAGGAUAGAGAAGAAAGGAUGGGUGCGAGGAACAAAUCGAGUCAUUCUAUUAUUAUUUUCCUCUUAUUUUCGAGAUACACGUUGCGCGUUCGCGUCGCGAGUGAGAGAAUCUCAAGGUGAGUGUAAAGUUUAGAAUUCCGCACGUUCAAUUGUAAAUGACACUUAUACAUUGUAAAUACACGUAUGUACGUACGUUUGUUGUGUGUGGUGAGUGAUGAUCGCGCGCGCGCGUUUCGCGCCGCGAAGUGAUGAGAAAAUGGGGACGCGUCGCGCGCGUAUGACGACAACGAAAUUUUUCAAUCGCGCGAGACGACGUUCAUUAUACAUAAAUGACUUAGAGGACGAGCAUUAUCCGACAUACCGUAUAACGAUCACGCAGAACAAGAGAACAAAAAAAGCAAAGUAUAGGAUUGACGAUAUCGAGUAGUAUGUCAUGGUGAGCGAAAUCAGCUAGAGAUUAUUAUCGAGUUUUGUAAAUAAUAAGAGAAAUAUUAAUAAAACGAUACACUUAUUCGAACACACCAACGAAGCCCGUGUUUGCACACGCUAUGUAUGAUCAUUCAUUUUUCUCAUUUCUUUGUCACCCUGUGAGAAAAACCGUCGAUCGCACGAAAUCGUAGUUGUACCUGCAUGGAUAA